GGGGCAGGAGCUGCCCGGCCCCGUCCCUGUCCCGCCUCCCAGCUCGGGCCGGCGCUGCCGACGUGGCGGGCGGGGCCCCCGGCAGAAGCUGCGGAGCGAACCAGAAUCAGACACAUGAAACAUCUCCAAAGGUACUCUUGAAUAAGAAGUAUAAGGAAAAAGCUGUAUUCCAAGAAAUAAAAAUGUCUGGUGACACAAGUGAUGCAGUACCCACCAAAGGAAAACCUGAAGUAAUAGAAAUGCCUAGUAGUGAUGUGUUGCCUGAUGAUGAAGCACUACAUCAUGAAGUGACCGGGAUACUGCAUGGGUCUUCACAAGAUGGAGAAAAACAAUCUUUCCAUAAUACCGCUAAUGGACAGGAAGGAGACCCAACUAUCACUGAGCAUCCUUUGACUGAGGAAGUGAAAAAUCAACCUUCUAGCACAGACGUGACUGAGAAUGUAGCCGCUGACUGUAGCGAAUCUGUGAGCCUUGAUCCUGAACUUGAAUCUGAAGUGACACCAAGUGAACAAAGUAAUCCAGAUUUGGACUCCUCUUCUAAAGGAAGUGGAUGGGGAGCUUGGGGAUCAUGGGGCAAAUCUCUGCUAUCAUCAGCUUCUGCCACGGUUGGUCACGGAUUAACAGCAGUAAAGGAAAAGGCAGGAGCCACCCUCCGAAUUCACAAUUCUAACUCAGCAUCUUCAGAAUCUGCCCAGCCCCCUGGAACUGAAAAAAUCACCCCAAGUAUGCAAGCAGAAGAUGCCACAGAUCAGAAUUCUACUGAUGUUUUGUCAUCUCCUUCAUCUGGAUCACGUGGGAUGUUGUCAACAAUCACUAAUGUUGUUCAGAACACAGGCAAAAGUGUCUUAUCUGGUGGCCUAGAUGCUUUGGAAUUUAUUGGGAAGAAAACCAUGAAUGUCCUGGCUGAAAGUGAUCCUGGAUUUAAGAAAACGAAAAUAUUAAUGGAAAGAACAGUUUCCCUAUCUCAGUUGUUGCGAGAAGCUAAAGAGAAAGAGAAACAGAGAUUGGCCCAGCAAGUCACAGUCGAAAGGACAGCACAUUACGGGUUGCUUUUUGAUGAAUUCCAGGGUUUGUCCCAUCUUGAAGCUCUGGAAAUUCUGUCUAAUGAAAGUGAAGCCAAGAUUCAGUCAUUUUUAACUUCACUUAAUGGAGAGCAAUUGGAAAUUGUGAAAAAUGAUUUGAUUGCUAUUAAAGAGAUCUUCAUUCCAAAGGAAUCAAAUAGUGAAGAUGGUCAAGAAAAAAAGGAAAUCAUCUUGUCUCCUUCUGCAGCAGACAUGGGAGAAGAGUUUGUUAGCAUGCUUACUGAACUGCUGUUUGAAUUGCAUGUAGCUGCUACUCCUGAUAAACUUAAUAAGGCUAGGAAAAAAGCUCAUGAGUGGCUGGAAGAAGCCAACUUCUCAAGAUUGCCAGCUCUGGAAGAGAAGCUAGAGGAAAACACUGAAAAAAAUGGUGAGGAAAAGACUGAAGGAGGAGAAGAUGGUGCAGAUCAACAAGGAGAAGUAAAGAAAAACAAAACUGUGGAGGACAUCUACAUGCUGUCUAUUGAAAGCCUUGCUGAAGUAACAGCCCGUUGUAUCGAACAGCUUCAUAAAGUAGCAGAAUUAAUUCUUCAUGGGCAAGAAGAGGAAAAGCCAGUCCAGGAUCAAGCAAAAGUUCUGACAAAUUUAACAAGUGCCAUGUGCAAUGAAGUGUCAUCUUUAGCUAAGAAGUUUUCUGAUUCCUUAAUGGCAGUUGGGAGCAGUAAGAAAGCAGAGAUUCUUAACCCAAUGGUCAAUAGUGUGCUAUUAGAGGGUUGCAACAGUACUACUUAUAUUCAGGAUGCCUUCCAGUUACUGCUUCCAGUUCUGCAGAUUUCACAUAUCCAGACUAAUUGUUCGAAAGCACAACAGUAACAAUUUCCCAGCAGUUGUCAUCGCUGUGUUUAAAAGAACCACAGCUCUAAGCUCUUUAAUGUACACAGAUGGAAGGGGUGACACAGAAGGUGUCUGGCCACUGACAGGCCUUUGAGAACACUAAAUGCAAUUUUGCACAAAUUGUAUUGAAUAAUAUUUUAAACUCAACUAUAUGUUCUACAACCAGCUGUAGCUACUAGAAUAGGAAACUUCUUUUCUAAAAUUAUAUUCUUCACAUUAAACCAAUGUAUGUUGAAAUUUAGAAGGGACAUAAAUCUUAAAUAGGUUGUUAAUUUUGGUACUUUCCAUUGUAUUUUGAAUUCAAAUUUGAAAACAGUGUUUUUUAAACAUUGCAGUCCAAACACUUCAUUUUUAAAAAUAUAUAUUUUCAGUGUUAUCGUCAGUUUAAAAUGUUUAUAUUUAAAAGUUAGUUUCUAUAUUUAAUCUUAAUUAACUCAAAUUAAUUUAGUAAUUGAGCUUCCCAAUAUUAUUGCAGUGUCUAAUAGUAAUCAUUAGCAGUUAUGCAGCACUGUGUGUUCAAAGAUUUGUACAAUAUUAACUAAGCGUUAACUUUAGCUUAUUAAAUCUGUGGAAGAUAAGAAUUAUACUGAAAUGAAAUUGCCUGAGCUCAUUUUGGAGUACAGGUAUAAUCUGUGCACUUCCUAACCCAUAAUUGUAUACUCAUAUAUGCCAAUCCCAUUAGUCUCAUUGGCAGAAGGAAUUAUAGGCUAGAGCAAAGGGAUUGGCAUAGUGCUUGUGGAGUUAUUUCCUAAUUACGCAGUGAUUAAGAAAAUUCCUUCACUUUGAUUGGCAAUAGUCCUUGGAAUUCCCAAUCUACAGUGCAUCUCAGAAGUGUAUUCCCAUAUGUGGGUAUGUUAUUCACCUCUACAAUGAGUCCCUGGAUGUAAGUAGUAGACAUUUUGAAUGGCCACAACAGGGUACAUUGCAAGUUACUUUAUUUUCCGAUGUAGGAAAUGUACUACCUCCCACUUCCAAAAGGAUAACUUUGUAGAAAAAAUGUUUUUAACAUAAAUUUGACUGAAUUUGUGUUUGGCAACUUCUACUAAAGUGACUUCAAUUACAUUGUAUUAUAUAGCUUUGGUAUAUAAGAUGCACCUACAUUUUUGGCUUCCUUUUUUAAGGAAAAACUGUGCCUUACACAAUGGAAAUAUGGUAGCAAGAAUCAGCACUGUCAAAACAUAAAUCUCUGUAUUCUUGACAACCAAGGUCUGUAUGUAUAUUUUUGAGAUGCCCAUAACAAGCAUAUUGUUCCAUUUUUUCACCUUUCUCCCCAUGCUGUCAUUUCACUUGAAGUCUUCAUUUUAAAUGACAUAUUAUAUUCAUAAAAAGAAUUACUGCUAAUAGGUUUUCUAUACUGUACAAAAAGCAGUGGGAGCAGUUAAGAGAAAACUGAAUUGGGUGGAGUGAUAUGGUCAUGAGGUUACAAGUAGAAGCAACCAUUUUUGUUAUAGGGACAUGGCUGAAGAAUUCUAAGGGCAGUGGCCAAUUUGAGAGAGUGGAUAGCACAUUUCAGUAGUAAUAGUACUGAAUACAUUUCUGUAAUAAUAAUAACCUGAGGGUGCUGUGUGUUAAUUUGGUGAAAGCUGUAUCCUUGGCUUAAUAAAUCUUCAGCCUUUAGAUACAGAGUAUUAUUUAGCCCAAAGUAAACUUAUUACCUCACAGACAGGAGAAACUUUCAGUUAUUUAAGGAGUCAGUUCUCCUGACUUGUCCUUGUUUAUUCUGUUUCUCUCAGCUACCUAGUAAGUUGUCACCUUGAUGUAGAUGCAAGCUGUAUUUAAAUCUAUACAAUUGUAGAUAAUAUCUGAAUAUAGUUUUGAUUAUAGCAGAAAUGUGUCGCCAUAUCAUAAAAAUAAUCAGAGUAGGACACUAGAAAAUAUUACUGUAUUUGUUAGAAAUAGGAAUCCAUGUGUCUGCCAAUUGCAUAAUAACUUUAGGGAGUCUGAAAAAGAUGACAAAGAGCAGGUCUGUAUCCCUACCUCACAUAAUGAGGUUCCUAUACUGCUGUCACCUGCAUAGUGAGUAUGUUAAAUAUUUAAUAAUUUAGAGGCAAGGGUGCUCAUUACAUGGUCUUGUGGUUUGUUACGCAGAAUUUCUAUUCUGCCAUCUAGGAUUUUAGCAUAUUUAAGAAACUCUUCCAUAGCAGGGCAGCAGAAAAAGCGUAACAUCUUCAAAGUCAGUUACAAAAAAUGGGAAAGGAGUGUGAAACUUGCUCAAAAGAAUGUUCAUUGUCUUGAGCAAAAAAAAGGAAAGAAAAGAGCUCCUGGGCAACUCAAUUGGCAAACUAAAUUUGACAUUCAUUGUUACUUAUGCCAUCUUGACCAGUUAAUGAUUAUGCAACAUGAAACAAAGAAGGUCACUUGGAAAAGUGGAGAUGAUACUGUAAAGUCACGAGCAAUUUGACUAACCAGGAAAGUACAGUGAUGCCCCUAACAACCAUCUUGUCCCAAGUCUUCCCUUCAGAGAAAGCUUUAUUUUCAAAUACAAGUUCUAAAACAAGAGAAAAUUAAUUCAGAAUACUGGGUACUAACCAUCGCUGGUUUCCCCAGCUUCUGCCAGUUGCAAGUGGGAAAAGUUCACAUGACUCUUUUUUUGAUAGACCUUUCUAAUUCCUGUGGGGAGACACACACUAGUGUUUCAUUGAACCUGAAUUAUGCUUGCUUGUUAUCUGACCCAAAGACCAAAAGUGUAGUCAUGUGCAACUGCAGUUUCAGGUUUUAAAGAAGCAUGUCUCCAGUAUCCACAUUGGGUUAGAUGAAUGCCCCCUAAGAUCCAGUAUCCUUUAUAGAUACCUUAUUGUUUAAAGCAGUAUUUGUGUCCAAUUUAUAUGUUGUCAAAUUAAUAUACAGUGAAUGAUUAAAAUCCUGUUUAAUUUUAAAGGGAGAAUAUCCAGAAAACUAAAGUACUUAUAUUUACCUUUUCUAUGCCUUAGGUUUAGAUGUUAUUUUGACUUUUAAAUUAGUUACCCAUACAUUUUAAUUGAGAAGCUUUUCAAUCCAAAUCAGACAUAAUAGAGCUUUGCAGGCAGCCUCUGUAAAUGUGAUGUUGCUUUUACAUGAAUAGUUUCUAUAGGUUAUUAUGAAAGUUUCAUAUUACCCCCAUGUUUAAGUUGAUUUUCUUGGGCAUAAAUAAUUAGUCUAGGCCUCUCUCUCAAAUUGAAAGCAAGUAUCUCAGUUUUACUUUGGAAUCCAAUGCAGGAUACACAGAGUUAAUCCUCUUGAAGAAGCCCUGAAGGGAGCAUUGAAAAUUCGUUGUCUGAUAAGAGUCUUUUAACUAAAGGUUGAACAAAAUUGAACUGGAUGCCUUAGGGGACACUGUAAAGAGUUGUUGAGGGAAAUGAUUUAAGACGGGAUUGUUUAUCUGAGGUGGUCCUUUUACAGGUUUCCUUGUACCACUUAAAUUAUACAUAUGGUGAGUCAGUGCUUUGCCCUUAAGUGAAAAGAAGCAAAAAAAAAAGAGUUAAAUAAAACAAUAUAUGAAGUUCCUGGUAAAAAAUUCAUUUAAAUACCCUUUUAGGAAAGGAAGUAUACAGGGCAGAGUGUUUGCAUAAAGGUACUGCAUCUGAUCUUGGGGCAUAGUAAUGUCUUCCUAUAAUAAAUAUCAUGAAAUCAUGAAUGAAAUCUUAAAAUCAAUUUUAGAUAAGUAUGCCAGUAGUAAAGAUACAACUUCAAACAAAUAUUGGAUUUCCAGCAUCAAAAUAUUUUGUCUACAGUGAUAUUAUGUAUUCUUUAUGAUUCAAUAGAUGUUAGAUUCAUAGAUGUUAGGGUCGGAAGGGACCUCAAUAGAUCAUCGAGUCCGACCCCCUCAUCGAGUCCAACCCCCCUUUUUUAUGGUAAAAAAGCAAUCAGCAGUGUUUUUUAUCACUGAGGCUCAAACUAAUGGGAGCCUCAGAUGAGAUGCAGAACUUUAAGGAAGCACUAGAAAAUAGAGAGAGGAAAGUAGGGAACAAUAACCUGACGACCAGAUGGACUCAUAAGUCUUCACCCUCUGCUUCUGUGAUUUACCUUUAUAUACAACCAAGAGUAGAAUCUGGAUCAGAGUUUUUAGGAAGAGUAUACUUGCUUUCAUUGCUUUCUUGUCCAUGACCCAGAUACCUUGUGUGCCUUCGAAUCCAUCAAACUAUUAAUAGGCUAGGCAGGAUCCGCUUCCUAUCAGUAGACACCAAUAAACAUGCAUGCACACACAGAGCAGGCACUGCAAGAGCUGGGGGCCAUGCCAGUAAGGAUGUGGGGAUUGGAGGGGCAGGACUGGUAGCAGCAGGAAGGAAGCCCCAUGCCACUGGCCCCCUCUCUCUGCCCAGGUCCCAGCUGGGGUAGGGCAGGGGUGAAAGUCCUGUGAUGGGUGAGCGGGAGUUUGGCCCCUGUCCUGGCUGGGACCUGGGCAAAAAGAAGGGCUGGUGACAUGAGGCUUCCAGGCAUUACUAGCCCUGCCCCUCCUAGCACAGCCUUACCAGCGCAGCCACCAUGCAUGCAUGUGUGUGUUUGUGGGCUAAACUGAUAAAAAUCAAUUUUGCAUAAUCCUGAAAAAUUCAAUCAAUAAAAAUCAAAAUAAAUACUUAAAUAUAAGCAUCAAUUUAGUGUCAACAUUUUAAAAAAUAAAUUUGAAUUCUGCCAAGCCUAAUUAUUAAGUAAUCCUCAAGUAUUUAAUUUUAAAAUAUGCUAUUUGUACUCAUUGGCAAACCAAUUUUUCAUACUCUAAAAAUGACAUUUAGUUGUAGAUUUAUAGCUCGCUGUUAUGUACACCUUUACUUUGCAGAGAAGAAGGUUUCAGAAUGAGUAAGUCUUUUGCAUGUAUUAGACUGAAAAACUGUGUUGAGGGGGUAUAUACAGGAAUAAAUACACAUAUGUAAAUCUAAAAAUUUCAGGUAAUCAUGCUAAGCUUAGCUAGAAGCCAAGUCUUUGGCAGGCAUUUGUUGUAGUUCAGUAACAAAAGUAUUAGCAUUUGUUUUUCAAAAUUAAAAAAGAAAGCUAUAAUUUAUUUACUGCUUUUUAGGGUAUGACCUAUUCAAGCAUAAAUGGCUCUUCUCAAUGACUUACUCCUACACAACAGCUCCCACUGCUUGAGACAUCUGAACAAAGGAACUGUCUCUUCUAUUUUUCUCAAGUCCUUUAGAUUAUCCAUUGAAACUAUUAAUAUAUUUUUCUAAAUUACAAAGCGUGCCUUCCUGUAAUAAAUAAUUGCAACCAG